AUGAAGAAACCGUAUGUGCACUGCGGCUCUCUUCUGUCUGUCGACGAACAACGUCGUUGCAUUAUGUGUUAUUCUCUUCCUCACCAAAGUUAUUCUCUUCGUCACUUAGGUUAUUCUCUUCCUCACCAAAGUUAUUCUCUUCGUCACUUAGGUUAUUCUCUUCCUCACCUAGGUUAUUCUCUUCCUCACCUAGGUUAUUCUCUUCAUCACUUAGGUUAUUCUCUUCCUCAACUAGGUUAUUCUCUUCGUCACUUAGGUUAUUCUCUUCCUCACUUAUGUUAUUCUCUUCCUCACCUAGGUUAUUCUCUUCCUCACUUAGGUUAUUCUCUUCGUCACUUAGGUUAUUCUCUUCCUCACUUAGGUUAUUCUCUUCCUCACAGGUUAUUCUCUUCCUCACCUAGGUUAUUCUCUUCCUCACCUAGGUUAUUCUCUUCAUCACUUGGGUUAUUCUCUUCCUCAACUAGGUUAUUCUCUUCGUCACUUAGGUUAUUCUCUUCCUCACUUAUGUUAUUCUGUUCCUCACCUAGUUAUUCUCUUCGUCACUUAGGUUAUUCUCUUCGUCACUUAGGUUAUUCUCUUCCUCACCUAGGUUAUUCUUUUUGUCACUUAGGUUAUUCUUCCUCACCUAGGUUAUUCUCUUCGUCACUUAGGUUAUUCUCUUCCUUACCUAGGUUAUUCUCUUCGUCACUUAGGUUAUUGUCUUCUUCACUGAGGAUAUUCUCUUCCUCACCUAGGUUAUUCUCUUCCUCACCUAGGUUAUUCUCUUCGUCACUAAGGUUAUUCUCUUCCUCACCUAGGUUAUUCUCUUCGUCACUUAGGUUAUUGUCUUCUUCACUUAGGAUAUUCUCUUCCUCACCUAGGUUAUUCUCUUCCUCACUUAGGUUAUUCUCUUCCUCGCCUAGGUUAUUCUCUUCGUCACUUAGGUUAUUCACUUCCUCACUUAGGUUAUUCUCUUCCUCACUUAGGUUAUUCUCUUCCUCAACUAGGUUAUUCUCUUCCUCACCUAAGGUUAUUCUCUUCCUCACAGGUUAUUCUCUUCGUUAUUCUCUUCCUCACUUAGGUUAUUCUCUUCGUCACCUAGGUUAUUCUCUUCGUCACUUAGGUUAUUCUCUUCCUCACUUAGGUUAUUCUCUUCCUCACUUAGGUUAUUCUCUUCGACACUUAGGUUAUUCUCUUCCUCACUUAGGUUAUUCUCUUCCUCACUUAGGUUAUUCUCUUCGUCACCUAGGUUAUUCUCUUCGUCACUUAGGUUAUUCUCUUCCUCACCUAGGUUAUUCUCUUCCUCACUUAGGUUAUUCUCUUCGUAACUUAGGUUAUUUUCUUCCUCACUUAGGUUAUUCUCUUCCUUACCUAGGUUAUUCUCUUCGUCACUUAGGUUAUUCUCUUCGUCACUUAGGUUAUUCUCUUCGUCACUUAGGUUAUCUCUUCCUCACUUAG